AUGCGACAAGAGCAACAAAUUCGCGACAUCCAAAAUGAGAAUCAAGCAUUGAAGGCCAUCAUAAGGCGUCAGGAACGUGAGAUCAGGGAACUACGACUUGAGAAUAAAGUCCUACGGAAUGAUGUUGAUGACCUACAAACAUCUCUGUUCGUCACGACGAAUCUUGAUGAACCCAUUGGUGCUUUCAAGGACAAGAAUGUAUCUAAGGAAAAAGAAGAAAAUAUUCCAUCUUCAGAACCUGGUCAGAUUGAAAUGAUUGAAUCAUCAGGAAAGUCAUCUUCUAUGAGCAAAGGAAAAAGGCAGAUUGGCUCAGGAACUCCUAUAGCAUUCUAUGCCUAUAUGUCAAAAUCAGAGCAUAAUCCAAGUAAUCAUCACAUGCUAAUCUUCGACACCAUCAAAACAAAUCUUGGUGGAGGUUACAACAGACACAGCGGAAUGUUCUCAGCACCCGUGGCUGGGCUCUACGUAUUUACGUGGACCAUCUACACCGGUGAGCAUGGAAAAACUGCAUUCGCCAUUUAUGUCAACGACGACAUAGUUAGUAGUUGCUUUGGAGAGACGGACGGUAACAGUCGAGAUUAUGAUUCUGAAACAGGGACUAUAGUAGUGCCGUUAAACCAGCACGACGAUGUGUAUAUUCGGUCAGUCAUGGCUUGUACUACGUACAUACCCAGCAUUGACUGGCAUGCAAGAACUACGUUUGCUGGGUGGAAACUCGACUAG